GCCUUACGGCGGCGCUUGCCCCCGCCCCUUAGCGCUGGCUGCCAGGUCGAACGGCGGCGGGGUCACGGCGGCGGCGGCCGGGUCAGAGGGUAAAGGUUGCUCCCCCAGCAUCCUCCGUGCUGGAUACUCAGCCAUCUUGGAUCCGCGGGACAAGAAAAUUCAUGCGGUGACAAACAGCAUGUUUGGUGCUUCAAGGAAGAAGUUUGUAGAGGGGGUUGAUGGUGACUACCAUGAUGAAAACAUGUACUACAGCCAAUCAUCGAUGUUCCCUCAUCGGUCAGAAAAAGAUAUGCUGGCAUCACCGUCAACAUCAGGUCAACUGUCUCAGUUUGGGGCAAGCUUAUAUGGGCAACAAAGUGCACUAGGCCUUCAAAUGAGGGGAAUGAGCAACAAUACCCCUCAGUUAAAUCGCAGCUUAUCACAAGGCACUCAGUUACCGAGCCACGUAACGCCAACAACAGGGGUACCAACAAUGUCACUUCAUACGCCUCCAUCUCCGAGCAGGGGGAUAUUGCCUAUGAAUCCUAGGAAUAUGAUGAACCACUCCCAGGUUGGUCAGGGCAUUGGAAUUCCCAGCAGGACAAACAGCAUGAGCAGUUCAGGGUUAGGCAGCCCCAACAGAAGCUCUCCAAGCAUAAUAUGUAUGCCAAAGCAGCAACCCUCUCGGCAACCUUUUACUGUGAACAGUAUGUCUGGAUUUGGAAUGAACAGAAAUCAGGCAUUUGGAAUGAAUAACUCCUUAUCGAGUAACAUUUUUAAUGGAACAGAUGGAAGUGAAAAUGUGACAGGACUGGACCUCUCAGAUUUUCCAGCACUAGCAGACAGAAACAGGAGGGAAGGAAGUGGCAAUCCAACUCCAUUAAUAAACCCUUUAGCUGGAAGGGCACCCUAUGUUGGAAUGGUGACAAAACCAGCAAGUGAGCAGUCCCAGGACUUUUCAAUACACAAUGAAGAUUUUCCAGCAUUACCAGGCUCCAGCUACAAAGAUCCAACAUCAAGUAACGAUGACAAUAAAUCUAAUUUGAGUACAUCAGGCAAAACAUCAUCCAGCACAGAUGGACCUAAGUUUCCUGGAGAUAAAAGUUCAACUACGCAAAACAACAACCAGCAGAAAAAAGGGAUCCAGGUGUUACCUGAUGGUCGAGUUACCAACAUUCCUCAAGGGAUGGUGACGGACCAGUUUGGAAUGAUUGGCUUGUUAACAUUCAUCAGGGCAGCAGAGACAGAUCCAGGAAUGGUACAUCUUGCAUUAGGAAGUGAUUUAACAACACUAGGUCUCAAUCUCAAUUCUCCUGAAAAUCUUUAUCCUAAAUUUGCAUCACCCUGGGCAUCAUCACCUUGUCGACCUCAAGACAUAGACUUCCAUGUUCCAUCUGAAUACUUAACUAACAUUCACAUUAGGGAUAAGCUGGCUGCAAUAAAACUUGGCCGAUAUGGAGAAGAUCUCCUGUUUUAUCUCUAUUACAUGAAUGGAGGAGAUGUAUUACAGCUAUUAGCAGCAGUAGAGCUAUUUAACCGGGAUUGGAGAUACCACAAAGAAGAACGAGUAUGGAUCACCCGGGCACCCGGCAUGGAGCCAACAAUGAAAACCAAUACGUAUGAGAGGGGAACAUAUUACUUCUUUGACUGUCUUAACUGGAGGAAAGUAGCUAAGGAGUUCCAUCUGGAAUAUGACAAAUUAGAAGAAAGGCCUCAUCUGCCAUCAACUUUCAACUACAACCCUGCUCAGCAAGCCUUCUAAAGACUUCCCUUUUCUUGGGGUAUGGCUGUCUCAGCACAAUACUCAACAUAACUGCAGAACUGAUGUGGCUCAGGCAUCUUGGUUUUAAUUCCUUGAGGAUCUGGCAAUUGGCUCAUGCGAAGGGUCACCAUUUGAGGUCCUGCCUUACUAAUUAUGUGCUGCCCAACAACUAAAUUUGUAAUCGUUUUUCUUUAGUUUGAGCAGGGUCUGAAUUUUUGUUUUUGUUAUUAUUUUUUGCCAGCAGACAAGCUUGGGUCUGUAAAGACAAGCAAGUACACUGACAAAAGUUUACCACUUAGUUUUCCAAAAUGUAAAAACGACAAAAAAAAAAAAAGAAAAAAAGACAAAAAAUUAGACAACAAAAUUUGCAUUGUUCAUUGUAGCACUAUUGGUAAUAAAAAAUGUUUGUGCAUUUUUAUGUGAAGAUCCUUCUCGUAUUUCAUUUGGAAAGAUGAGCAAGGUUUGCUUCCUUCAUUUUACUUCCCCUUCUGUUUUUGAAAGGCAGUUUUCGCCAAGCUUAAUGCAAGAAUAUCUGACUGUUUAGAAGAAAGAUAUUGCCACAGUCUCUGGUUAGUUUCCAGAGUUGUGUAUUACUGAGCUUCAUCUUUCCAGAAUGAGCAAAACACUGUCCAGUCUUUGUUACGAUUUUGUAAUAAAUGUGUACAUUUUUUUUAAAUUUUUGGACAUCACAUGAAUAAAGGUAUGUAUGUACGAAUGUGUAUAUAUUAUAUAUAUGACAUCUAUUUUGGAAAAUGUUUGCCCUGCUGUACCUCAUUUUUAGGAGGUGUGCAUGGAUGCAAUAUAUGAAAACGGGACAUUCUGGAACUGCUGGUCAGGGGACUACUUUGUCGCCCUGUGCACUAAAGGGCCAGAUUUUCAGCAGCCAAGGACAUCCAUACCCAAGUGAAUGUGAUGGGACUUAAAGAAGUGAACUGAGACAAUUCACUCUGGCUGUUUGAACAGCAGCGUUUCAUAGGAAGAGAAAAAAAAAAAAAAAAAAAGAUCAAUCUUGUAUUUUCUGACCACAUAAAGGCUUCUUCUCUUUGUAAUAAAGUAGAAAAGCUCUCCUCAC